AUGGAAGCUAGUAUUUGCUUGCCUAAUGCUACCUACAACACAGUUGUCCACGGCUGUUUUCACAAUAAGUACAGUGAAGCAAUUGUUUACACUGUUCUGAUUGAUGGACUAAGCAAAAAUGGACAUCUGGAGAACGCAAGAAGCAUUUUUAACAACUUUCCUGUGAAAUGUGUGCGAUCUGAUGUCAAGACAUACACAAAUAAGAAUUACUAUGAAGCAGGUGUACUCCUAGAUGAAAUGCUUGGUCAUCGGUUUGCAGCAGAUGCAUCUAUGGCAUCUGCGUUACUGUACUUAAUUGAAGUGCAUGAACCGGAUGCUGCUCUCCUUGCCUUGCGUGAGAAUCUUCCGUGGUUCAAACGACUCUUUCAGGCAUGUGAUGGUGGGGACUAUCCCCUUCCUUACGCGAUUGGUGAACCAACUCUGGGCAAUUUAUGCCCCGCUGGGUCGUGCCAUAAUCAAAGGAUAUAUGCUCUGUUAUCCUGGAAGCUGAUAACUGGGAGGCGUUUCGUGGAACAAAAAAUUGCUGGCGUGGAUUUCCAGACUGGUGAAAAACAGAAGCAUGGAAGUGCUGGAAGGGAUAAAAAUGCCAUCCGUAAUUUAAUUUUAGAUGAAGCAGCGAUUGUAUUCUCUACACUCAGUUUCAGUGGUUCAUCUCUUUUCAGUAAACUGAAUUGCACUUUUUAUGUUGUUAUAAUAGAUGAAGCUGCCCAAGCGAACCUCAUCAGAUUUAAACUUAUUCAACCCGAUGUUGUUACCUAUAACACAAUCAUUCACGGCAUCUGCAAGAGAGGGAGUCCUUCUGUGGCUGUGAAGUUGUUCAAAAUUAUGGAGAAGAAAGGUUGCAAGCCUAAUACUGUAACUUACACAACAAUUAUUGACUGUUUGUGUAAACAUAGAUUAGUUGAUCAAGCAUUGGGUCUUCUCCACCCAAUGACAAGGAAAGGCAUAUCCCCAGAUGUUAUAACCUACAGCUCGUUAAUUCAAGGAUUGUGUGACAUUAAUCGAUGGCAUGACGUCAAACAAUUGCUCAAGGAGAUGGAUCUUAGGAACAUUUCUGCAGAUGUUUUUACUUACAAUAUAUUGAUUGAUGCGUAUUGCAAAGAAGGAAUGAUUGAAGAUGCUGAGGAUGUGAUAGAGUUGAUGAUUCAAAGAGGCCAUUAUCCUGAUGUAGUCACUUACAAUUCACUAGUGGAUGGAUACUGCUUCCAGGGAGAGGUUGAUAAAGCUUUAGUAGUGUUCGAAAGCAUGACUAGAAAGGGAUAUUGCAUGAUGCUCUUAGCUAUAAUAUCCUCAUCAACGGGUACUGUAGAAAGAAGAAAGUGGACAGAGCAAUAG